UUUGAGAAAAAUUAAGGUAAAUAUAGUUUUGGUUAGUGUAAAAUAUGAAUCCUGAUUCAUCUAAUAAACGCGUGAUCCUUAUACCAUGAAUUAAGCGAAUAUAAAAUCACUGUCUAAGAUAACAACCAUAUCAAUAAUAGUGAUUGUCUUUGAUGAUGAGUUACAAAUUCCUUUACAUGUGCACGCGCAUAUAAUUUGAUUCGUGUAGUUUGUAAACACUUCGAAAAACAACAACAUGCGAUUGUAAAUAAAAUAGUUUGAGUAUGAUGCACUUGUAUGUUGUAUGUAUGUGGGUUAUGUCAGUUUAAUCCCUGGGGUUGAUCCAGAGCCCGUGGCAUGCAGCUUGCAGUGCGGUGGUGACGGCCGGUGGCGUGCACACCCUGCACCGUGACGUCACCACAGGUAGAGGCACCGAGGGGGCCGGCGGCAGUCGAUUCGCGCCCGCCGAGCGGAGCGAUCGUGUCGCGCACCUGACCGGCCGUAUGCCGGAGAACCAGUCGGCGGGAUGGCCGCCCACGGCGUGAGCGCCGCGCUAUGUUGAAGCAUGCGACGCGGCCGCCGGCGGCUAACGAUGCCGACCACCGCUACCAAAACAUGCCACGGCGGCCGCACCACCACCUGCCGCUUAACGUCUCCACGCUGGACUCCUCCAAGCACUCGGUCGGCGGCACCUCGGCUAGCGUUAGCCCCGGCGCCCAGCCCCCGCCCGUGCCGGCGCCGGUGCCCGCGCCCUUGCCUGUCGCUUCGCCGCCCAAGCUGGCCAACGGCACCGCGCCGGGCUUGCAGCCGCGAUCGGUGGGCAUGAGGAGCCGUAGCUCGCGGGCGGCUACGGAGGAAGCUCUAACGUCGCUUGCGCUGCUCUGCCUCGUCAGCCUGCUGCUGGCGCUUUUGGCGCUACUAUUCCUACUCAAGAUAUCGGCGCCGGCAACGAGCGCGCCCGAGGAGUUCGCUGUGGUGUACGAAGUGACGUUGGCCCUGUGCGCGUUGACUCUGUCGCUGAACUUGUGCUGCCUGCUCGUGUGCGCGAUACAGUUCCUGUUUGCAGUGAAGCUGGUGCACUCACCGUCGGCGCCCAACGGCCGAUCAAACAAAUAUCUGCAAAAAUCAGCGAUAACGCGUGUUUGUGCUGUUGGAGGCUUCUUCAUAUCGAUACCGGUGUUUUUAACAGGGAUAAUACUCUACACUUUCAUCCAGUUCCAUUCAACGCCGGCUAUAGUGACGUCAGUGUUCAUUGGAGUUGGCAUCAUAUUCUGUGGCUGCGCAAUGGUUCAUAAUGUCUUCGUGUGGCAAAAAGAGAAGACGAAUCUUGUUAAAGCGUUCCGGGGCCAAGAUUUGAAUGCAACGAAUGCUACAUCACCAAAUAUUAGCACGUCUAAUGGUGCUUUACUUGGCAACGGACAUUUAAACACCACUGGAGGGAAUGUCAGCUUCCACAGUGUUGCCGGGGCUCCGUACACUCAUCCUAUAACGUUGCUCCAGCAAGGUGGACCGUAUAUUAUUAGGCCACCUACGAGUACGCCGCCGGGAGAGGGCGCGGCGACACCGGGUGUGCCCGCUGCCACCAUCGACCUCAGCCACGAUGCGCACGAGCUCAGCACGUUAGUGUGACAACAGCACGAGUCAUAGACAACCACGUCUAAUGUAGAAAUAACCUGACGUAGACAAUUAUGUCUAGGGGAGAAAUAUCCCAUGUCAUAGACGAAGACUGUUUUAAAGAACGCAGUGUUUUAAAGAUAAUCGCUUAUCUUUUAUUAAUGCAACGACUGAA